UCUACAAUCCUGGCUUCAUCCUUUAGAGAACAAAGAUUCGGACUUUGUGGGAUUCGGCUUGUUCCACUGCUGUCAAGGGCAAGGUCGCAGUGUGUCCUGCCGUUGUCUGCGUCGCGGUGGCGCUGGUGGUCAUACUGAAAAGAGUUCGAGGUAUUGAGUGCGACUCCAUUUGGUUUCCGAUUUCCUUAAUAAAUUUGAGUCGCGUGUCUUGAACAUUCUCCGGCGUAUCCUCCGGUGUGUCAAAGAACUGGACCUUAUCAUCUCCGGCAUGUCCGAGUGUAUGACCGCGUCCGACGCCAUCAUCCAUCACACCCCUUCUUCAUCUCAUGCAAUUAACACAUACGAUGUAUUUGUGAGCUUUCGUGGUGAAGACACGCGCAACAACUUCACUAGUUCUUUCUUUGGAGCUCUCCGUCGAAAAGGCAUUGAUGCCUUCAAAGAUGACGAAUAUCUCAAAAAAGGUGAAUCCAUAGCACCCGAGCUGCUGCAAGCCAUUCAAGGCUCUCGAGUUUUCGUUGUUGUCUUCUCAAAGAACUAUGCUUUCUCCACUUGGUGCUUACGUGAACUGUCAGAGAUACUUAACUGCGUUAAUACUUCAACAAGAAGUGUUUUACCUAUAUUUUACGAUGUUGAUCCUUCGGUGGUGCGCAAACAGAGUGGAUGUUAUGAGAAAGCAUUUGCAGAACACAAAAAUAGAUUCAGAGAAGAUAAGGUGAAGAUGGAGGAAGCUCAAAGAUGGAGAGAAGCUCUCACACAAGUGACCAAUCACAUUGGUUGGGAUAUCCGAAAUAAGCCACAAGAUGAACAGAUUGAAGAAAUUGUUCAAACCAUAAAAAAAAAUUUGGGACCAAAUAUUUUAAAUCUUCCAAGGGAUGAACUAGUUGGGAUAGAGUCUCGAGUUCAAAACUUAAGAAAUAUUUUGCGUUUUGAUCUCCUUGACGAUGUUCGAGUUGUCGGAAUAAGUGGAAUGGGUGGCAUAGGAAAGACAACUCUUGUUCGGGCUUUAUAUGAAAGAAUUUGUCAUCAAUAUAAUUAUCGUUGUUUUAUUGAUGAUGUAAGCCAAAUAUAUCGAGAUUCUAAUUCGUUAGGCAUACAAAAGCAUUUAAUUUCUCAGUGUCUGAAUGAGAAAAAUCUAGAGAUUUGCAAUGUUAUUGAGGGAACAUGUUUGGUGCGGUCCAGACUGAACAAUGCUAGGGCACUUAUAGUUCUUGACAACGUUGAUCAAGUUCAACAACUGAGGAUAUUUAGUGGAAACAGAGUCAAUUUGUUGCGAGAGUGCUUAGGUGGAGGAACCAGAAUCAUCAUAGUUUCUAGGGAUCAACAAAUAUUGAAGAUCCAUGGAGUGGAUGAUAUUUAUCAAGUUCAACCGUUGAAUUGGAAAGAUGCUAUCCAACUAUUUUAUAGAAAUGCUUUCAAAGGUAAUUAUAUUUUGAGCGAUUAUGAAAAGUUGGCACCUGAGAUACUAUCACAUGUUGAAGGCCAUCCCUUAGCAAUUGAAGUAAUUGGAUCAUCUUUGGUUGGCCGAAGUUUGUCACAAUGGAAAAGUGUAUUGGCUGCGCUAAAAGAAAAUAAAAGCAAAAAUAUUAUGGAUAUUUUGCGCAUAAGUUAUGUUCAACUGGAUGAAAAAGACCAACAAACAUUUUUGGAUAUUGCUUGCUUCUUCAAUUCUUAUUAUAAAGAUGUGAAGGAAAUUCUAGAUUUCCGUGGAUUUCAUCCUGAAGAUAGCAUACAAGUGCUCAAAGAUAAAUCACUCAUUACCAAAGAUCCCUAUGGAUUCAUACAUAUGCAUAGCUUGCUAGUGGAUUUGGGCAGGUGUAUUGUUAGGGAAGAAUCACCUAAAGAGCCUAUAAAGUGGAGUAGGUUGUGGACACUCAAAGAUCUCCAUGAUGCUAUGUCAGAGAACGAGGCAACUCGAAACCUUGAAGCAAUAGUUGUUAAAUAUAACUGGGAGUGGGAUGAUGCUGAAAUCCCAGAUGAAACCAUCAAGGCAGAUGGUCUAUCAAAAAUUAAACACCUGAAAUUGCUUUAUGUUGGGGACUUGGAGUUUUCGGGAAGUCUCAGUCAUCUUUCGAAUGAACUAGGAUAUCUUAUUUGGAAGAGAUAUCCGUUUGAGUGUUUGCCUCAAAGUUUUCAGCCACACAAACUGGUUGAGUUAAUCCUGAGUGGGGACAGUAUUCAACGACUGUGGGAAGGCACAAAGCCGUUACCCAAUUUGAAGCGUUUGGAUCUCUCUUUUUGCAAAAGUUUAGUUGAGAUGCCCGAUGUAGCAGAGGCCCUAAAUCUUGAAAGGAUAAAUCUUGAAGGAUGCAUACAGCUCGAAAAACUCAAUCCAUGGAUUGAGAGUCUGAGAAAGCUUGUUCUUUUGAAUUUGAGAAACUGCAUAAAACUAGUAAUCUUACCCAAUACUAUAUUGGGCCUGAAUUCUCUUAAAUAUCUGGAUGUCCGUGGUUGUUCAAUAGAUAGUAAAUGCUUACUAGAUGAGGCAAGGAACGCAGAGCACUUGAUCAGCUGUUUGUCGCCCUCCUUUCUUUUCCCUUGUUUGCGUGAACUCGAUCUAAGCUUCUGUAACUUAGUUAAAAUUCCUGAGGACAUUGGAAAGUUACAUUGCUUAGAAAUACUAAGUUUAGAGGGAAACAAUUUUGUUGAAUUGCCUAACCUCAAGGACCUUUUCAGACUGUAUUUUUUAAACUUAGGGCAUUGCAAGCGAUUGAAAUACUUGCCUGAUCUCCCUUCACAAACUGUCCUGCCCUCAGAACCUUUCAUACUGCCGAGAUUACCAUCUUCAAAAUUUGAUUCACUUGAUUUUUGGAAUGACGAUGAGGUAAGUGAUUAUCAAAGUGCAGGAUUAAUCAUUUUCAGCUGCCCAGGAUUAGUUGAGAUUGAACAGUGCAGGAGAAAGAGUUUUUCAUGGACAAUACAAAUUCUUAAGGCGACCUACUACUGGCCAUUCUUUGGAAGUAUUAUGCCUGGAAGUCAAAUACCGAGUUGGUUCAACAAUGAGGGUGUGAAGGUGGAGAAAGAAUUUCUAACCAUUGGUCCACCUCCCGUUCCGCAUGACAAUAAUUUGCUUGGUGUUUUGUAUUGUGUAAUAUUUCGUCUAGACAAUGAAACCGAAGUGAAAUAUUCAAGAACAACAAAUUUUCGAAACAAACAAAUUCCAAUGGAUUUUAGAAGAGAUCUAGUCAUUGACCAGUCAGAUCACAUGUUGAUACAGUAUAUCGAUGUUUCUAUGCGGCCCGGAUUUGGUAUAAAUGGUUUUCAGGUCCAUCACAAAUGGAGGUCGAAUUUCGAAAUGUUGGGUUACGAGAAUGUUGUUGCGGCGGAUGUGAAGAAAUAUAAGUAUCGCUGGGUAAAUGAACAAGACUUUGAUUACUCAUUGCCCAGAUUUGACAGCUCGGAAGCGCAAGUUUUCCUUAUUUGAAGAAAACGGUUAGCAUCAAAGUGAAGAAUUGAAGCCUUUAUUGAAUGUGGAAUGUGGAAUGUGGAAGUAUGAUUUGCUACCAUCUAACCAGGGAGAGGCACAAUAGAAGCAGAAGCAGCACUGCAUUCAAAUUCCCCUUGAAUAGGCACAAUUCUUCUCUCUUCUCAAGAUAUAGUAUUGUUUAUUGUAAAAUCUACUCGUUUAAAAAUUAACAAGGUGAGACCAUAUUCUUAUGGUCUCUCCUUACACGAUACAUUCGAUUACUCUUUUUUUUUUUUUCAUUUUGAAUUCACAUGAACAUCAGGGACUUAAUUGUGACAGAUUUUAAGUGUAACUCAUGGGGGUACUUUAAUAUUACUGUCUCACAAUAACUCGCAUACGCAAAGUUAACAUUAAAUAAACCACUGCAAACCCUUCUAAUGUCAUAUUUAAAUCAGAGAAAACAAUCGAGGAUAAAAAAAAGGCUUUGUUACUAUU